AUAUAGAAACGUCGCCGUUUGUAGUGUGCCCAAACGGGUAACAACUACACGCGCCAGGACUGGUGAAUUUAAAAAAGUUUGAGGGCACCACCGCUUUCUUUCAUUUCUUCUGCAUCAAUCCAUCGCACCAAUCUAUAUAAAUAACCCCCCACCCCACCCCAACCCAAACCCAAAACACAAACACGGUACUAAAAAGUAGAGAGAGAAACGCCAAACGAAACCCAAACCCCAAGCCAGAAAUUCCGAUAAAGAAAAGAAACCCUAGAAAAAAUGUCAGCGAUUGUUUGUGGAAGCAAAAGAUCACACUAUUACUUUGAUGAAGAGUUUCCUUCUACACCUGUAUCGAAACGGCAUCGUUGCAGCUCCUCUUCUCCUCCUCAUGUUCGCUUCUCUCCUCCUCCUUCUCCUUUCCUCCACCUUAAAUCUCUUUUCCCUCUUCUCGAUCCUCAGCUGCUUGAGAAGGCUCUGGAAGAAUGUGGUAAUGAUUUAGAAUCUGCUAUCAAAAGUCUGAAUGAACAGAAUUCAUGUUUUGUUGAAGAAGCUGCUCCAAAACCCGUUCAAGAUGCAUUGCCGGAUGAAGGAGAUGCUACUGCUUCUGGUAAUGUAGCACCACCAACCAACCUUCCUGUGGAUGGUGCAGAAUGGGUGGACUUGCUUGUAAGGGAAAUGAUGAGUGCUACAAGUGUUGAUGACGCCAAAUCUCGUGCCUCAAGAGUGCUGGAGGCUUUGGAGAAAUCUAUCCAUAUGCAUGCUGCUGAUGAGACUGCACAGAGUUUUGAGAAGGAAAGUGUGAUGCUGAAAGAGCAAAUUGAAGCACUGAUUCGAGAUAACACGAUACUUAAACGAGCUGUAGCUAUCCAGCAUGAGCGCCAGAAAGAGUUUGAGGAAAAAAACCGGGAGUUGCAGCAGUUGAAGCAGUUGGUGUCCCAAUAUCAAGAACAGUUGAAAUCGCUUGAGGUUAAUAACUAUACACUGAUGAUGCAUUUGAGGCAGGCUGAGCAAAGCAGCCCCAUUCCAGGACGUUUCCAUCCUGAUGUCUUUUAAUAAAGAUAUCUUUCAAUUUACAAUAACAGAUCUACAAAUAUAUGCUUUAGUCAAAGUUCAGUUCUUAUAAAUGCGGCUUAUUAUGUGUAAAGGUGGCCUCAAGCUUGGUAUGGCAUUUCACAAGGGAUAUACAUUUUUACUGGUUUUUCUUUUGAAUUACUUUUGAUACAAAUUGUCAUACAAUAUAGCAUCUUGUAGUUCUUCUAUGAUGCAACUCUUAAAUCAUUUUUGUUUUUGACAACUUAUGUUUAGUUUGUUCCUUUCAGAAAGGGAGAUAGGACUUAAUUUUCUUUGUCUUAGAUUAUAUGAUGAAUCCUCUUACUUUAAUUUUGUAUUAAAGAAUUUUUAUACAUGCUCAA